AUGGCGCCAGGAAAUCACCCGGGUAAUUACACCCAGGGGUACUCUCAACAGACGUUGUCGUCACAUCUGCUACGCACAGCGGAGACAGACGCUGCCUUUCUUUUACCACAUAUCAAGAAGCAUCACAAGGUUCUCGAUGUCGGAUGCGGCCCAGGGACUAUUUCCUUGGGGUUCGUCAAGUAUGCGAGCGAAGGCACGACUGUUGGUAUAGAUAUCUCAGCAGAAGUGUUGGAGAAGGCCAAAAGCAUGGCGGCGGAAGCCGAGAUUCUCAACACAGGACCUGGUUCAAUAAGUUUCGAGGCCGGUGACAUCCUAUCAGGCCUGUCAUAUGCUGAUAACUCAUUUGACAUUGUAUACUGUGGUCAAGUGCUAGGGUAUUUCGUGGAGUCCCCAGAUCUGCCAGUCCAAGCAUUGACUGAGAUGCGACGAGUUCUGAAGCCAGGAGGUAUUUUGGCAACGCGUACAGGAGCGGAGCAGCACUUUUAUCCACGGAGCUUUGAUCUCGACCGGCUAUGGGUGCGGAAUUUCGAAAGAGCUGUUUACAAAGGUGUGGUGCCUGCUGUAGAUUCGGUUGGGAACAGCAUGCCUGGGCUAUUUCGCAAGGCCGGUUUCGACCUGGAGAUUGGGGGAAUCCAUGUCAGCGCUGGAACGACUGUUUAUUCGACACCCGAAGCUCGAAAAUGGUUGGCUCUGCGGGGAACCAGCCAGUUGCAGCCUGGUGAUGCUUUUCACCAAAGCUGGCUAGAUGCCGACAUCACUAAUGAGGAGAUUGAGCAGACCUUGAAAGCCGUGGCGGAAUGGGCUGAGCACGAUGGUGCUUGGUUUGUGGCGUUACAUUGCGACGUGCUUGGAUGGAAGUAA